AUGGGGCACGGCGCGAGUCGGGCUCCGCUGAACGGCAGCGAGCCCGCCCCGUUCCGCGCCGUCGCCCUGGGGGCGAGGAACGGGACCGCGGCGCAGAUGGCGUGGGGCGGCGGCAACGGCAGCGCGGCCGGGCCCUGGGGCGGCGCGGAGCGCGGCGGGGAGCCCGGAUACCGACACUUCGCCACCGCCGCGCAGCUCGUCAUCUUCGUGGGCUCCCUGCUGGGUAACGUCAUGGUGCUGUGGUCAACUUGCAGAACAUCAGUACUUAAAUCCGUAACAAACCGAUUCAUUAAGAAUUUGGCCUGCUCGGGUAUUUGUGCCAGCCUAGUCUGCGUGCCUUUUGACAUUGUUCUUAGUGCCAGUCCACACUGCUGCUGGUGGAUCUACACGAUGCUCUUCUGCAAAAUUGCCAAGUUUCUGCACAAAGUCUUCUGCUCAGUGACCAUCCUUAGUUUUCCAGCCAUUGCUCUUGACAGAUACUACUCUGUUUUAUACCCUCUGGAAAGAAAAAUAACUGAUGCAAAAUCCCGAGACCUGGUUAUCUACAUCUGGGCCCAUGCAAUAGUGGCCAGCAUUCCAGUAUUUGCUGUGACCAAUGUGUCUGAUAUUUAUGCCAUGUCCACCUGCUCUGAAGCCUGGAGUUACUCCCUUGGCCACUUGAUCUACGUUGUCAUCUAUAACAUCACCACUGUGAUUGUACCGGUGGCUGUGGUAUUUCUCUUCAUGAUUCUUAUUCGCAGGGCACUGAGUGCCAGCCAGAAGAAAAAAGUCAUCAUAGCUGCCUUAAGGACCCCUCAGAAUACAAUUUCAAUCCCUUACGCCUCCCAGCGAGAAGCUGAGCUUCAUGCCAUGCUGCUUUCUAUGGUUGUGAUAUUUAUUUUCUGCAGCAUCCCCUAUGUGACUCUGGUGAUUUACCGUACCAUACUCAAUGUUUCAGAUAUUUCAGUGUUUCUGCUUCUCACUGCCAUUUGGUUGCCCAAGGUCUCUUUGUUAGCCAAUCCUUUGUUAUUUUUAACUGUUAACAAAUCUGUACGAAAGUGCUUAGUGGGGAUGAUAGUACAGCUGCACCAAAGGUACAGCAGGAGAAACAUUGUCAGCUCAGGUGGUGUUGCAGAUGCUAAUCUGGAGCCCAGUGCCCGUUCAGGGAGCCAGCUUCUGGAGAUGUUUCAUAUUGGGCAGCAACAAAUCUUCAAGCCAACAGAAGACGAGGAGAAUGAAACCAAAUCUGUUGGCUCUAGUGACUUUCAGCAGAAAGAAAUUCCUGUCACCAGUUCAAAAGUAGGACAGACUUCGAUUCACAGAUUUAUACCACAGACAGUUGCAGACUCUGCAGCUCAGGUGGCACCAGCUGUGCCUGCAGAAACUGAUACGGGAAAUGACAAGUAUUCCAUGCAUUUUGGUUUUGGACCCUUUGAGCUGCCUCCUCAGUGGCUGUCAGAAAGUCGGAAUAGUAAGAAGCGACUCCUGCCUCCUUUGGGGAAUACCCCUGAAGAGCUAAUCCAGACAAAGCAGCCAAAGUGUAAAGCAGAAAGAAAAAUCAGCAGAAAUAAUAAAGUCAGUAUCUUUCCCAAGGUGGAUUCUUAGGAGGAGUAGGAGCUUUAAGUGACCGACAAAGGUCACCUAAACUUAUUUGUGUGAUCCCAUGGAUCUUUGCUGUGCUGAAAUCUGUUACAGGCUGAUUUUUUUGUGUGUGUGUAUGUGUGCCAAGUGUAAUUAAACAAACAAAAGGGAAACAUGCAUACAGGUGUUCUUUAUUCAUAUGGUUUUGUGAAAGUAAUAUAUUGAAAGAUCACGAUUUUUGUUUUUAUUUGUGAAAUACCUAUGAUAAUACAUUCCUGAUGAGCUUUCAGAAAGUACAUGUGGCUUUGGGAACAGUUUUUUUAUGGCUGAAGUAUGGAAAUAUGGCAGUCAGUUUGCUGGGAACCUUCUUAUAUUAAGAUGGACUGGAUAUUGAAGAAGCUUAAUAGGAAAGGCUAUAGGGAGCACGAGAGGAUACAAGAUGGAUUAUAAUAUUAAGCCAGUUUCUGAAAUCAGUGUUAAAAGUAAAACUUACUGGACUCUUACACAGGUUAUUUAGCAAGUAUCUGCUAAACUACACCUUUUUAAAACUUAAACCAAUAUUUUUUGUGUUUAAAAUUUCAGCGAAGCCAAGGAUACCAAAAUUGUCUUGUGUGUCACAAACCUGAGGAUGACGGAUUCAGAAAUAGCAUUUCUUUUUUAAAAAACGUUCUUGUAGUUCUGAGUAGAAACUGUACUGAAGAAGCCUGACCCUAAUAAACAAGAAUGUACAGGCCAAGGUCAUAAACGUAACGUUUGAUCUUAUGAUAAAGGAUAUAUACAAAUGUCCCAACAGUAUUCUGUAAGUAUUGUGUACAUAAGCAAAGGGUUGCCCUUAAAAUUCACUCCUAUCUACUGGUUCACGGAGCUUUGUUUUUUGUGGGAAAGGUAGCAAAUGGAAGAAAACAGUUGGAGUUGCUUACAGACUUGUACUGAAUUGUUGAGUGUGGAAGCUGAUUAUGGACCCCAAAAGGCAAGGUUUGCUAAUGCUGUGGCUCAGUAUUGUUAGUGAGGUUUUCGUUUUACCUUCACCAACAUAAAUACCAGCUAUCAUAUUCCACUUGUCUCACAGAUUCAAUCAACCCGUGUAUGAACAUGAGACUUCUGAAUCUGGUGCCUAAUUUCUGAUCAAGUCAGAGUCAGCCAUCCCUGGUCUCAGCGUACUAGCUGUCCUUUGAGAGCUGUGUGUUUGUAUCCUUCUGCAGCUCAUCCUCCCAAGCUUGUCAUUUCCUCAGUACUGUGUGAAUUUCAAAUGUACCUGUCUAUUAAAUGACCAGGAAACUAUUGUCACCCCAGCUGUAAUCCUUUGGUCAGUUGCAAGUUAGUUGUUGUUCCUUUUUUUAUUUGCAUUCACUGUUGACUCUGGGUGAGAAAAACUGGAAAACACAAGUGACACCCAGCACUCCUCGUGGUUCUCCUGUAGUGUAGCCCUUUGGUGUAUGCUGGAUCUUUACCUGUCAUUAUUGCCUGUUGGGAAAGUAUUUUUCUUUAAAGAAUGCUUUUUGAAGGGACAAGGUGAAUUGUCUUGCUGAGUUCACAGUAACUUGCCAAAUCCAAUUGAUUACUGUUAGAAGUGUGGGAAAAAUUGUGCUAAGGCAGAAUUUGUAGAUGUGUGUAUUCUUCCUUUGAGGAGUAGGAGCAAGUCAGCUGCUUCUGCUAGCU